AUGAAUCGUUUGCGUAGAACAUUCAGUUUCCGAAAACGUAAAAAGCAGAAUAAAAGUGAGGCGAGUGAUUCUUCGAAGCCGCAACAAUGGCUAGAUGAUGAAGUUAAAAUCAAGGAAGGAUUUUGUAGCUUUCAAGUUAAAUAUCUGGGUAAUAUUGAAGUGUAUGAAUCUAGAGGAAUGCAAGUAUGUGAAGAAGCAAUUAAAGCUUUAAGAAAAUCCAAGAAAAAACCUCAAAAAGCUAUACUUUCUGUCAGCGGUGAUGCUCUACGUGUUUCAGAUGAUGUCAGCCAGCAUCUUAUUGUAGAUCAAACUAUUGAAAAAGUGUCUUUUUGUGCUCCUGAUAGAAAUCAUGAGAAAGGUUUCGCGUAUAUAUGUCGUGAUGGUGCAACUCGCCGUUGGAUGUGUCAUGCCUUUUUAGCUGUCAAAGAAUCUGGUGAACGUUUAUCUCAUGCUGUUGGAUGCGCAUUUGCAAUAUGUUUAGAAAAGAAACAAAAACGUGAAAGAGAUGCUCUUCAAUUGGAGUCUUCAGAUGACCGUCCAACUUUUGCUCGAGUUGGCUCUUUCCGACCAGCUACACUGGCUGAACGGUUAUUAGAUCCCCAGUCAACAAUUACAGCUGAACCACUACCAGCCUCCAAUAACCCACCUUCAAGUUCACCUACUGGAUUAAGCCGUGUAUCAUCACCAAUUAGCCAUAGUGGAGCUAUCCCACGUCCUCAUGCUAGUCCAUCUAUUAUUGAGCGUCAGGGUUCACUUAGAAUAUUCCCAAAAUUACAAGAAAACAGUCCUUUCAAAAGAGAUCUAUCAUUGCGUCUUGAAGGUGUGCCUUCAAAUCUACGACGAUUGACCGGGAUGAUCCAGGGUGCACCUAUAGCUGAGGAACCAGAUGUUGACUUUGAAUCACACUUUAUAAAAAAUAAUGAACAAAUAGAGAAAAAAGAAUCAGCUAAAACAACAACCAAUCAGUCGAUUGCCUUUCCGUCUGUCAACGGUUUAGCUAUAACAACUCAGCCUGUUGCACCCAGUAUCAGUAUCCCAUUGAUAGUAGGCAACAAUCAAACCGCUGAUCCUAAAACUUCACAAGCAUUUAUGCCAGUUUUCACUGAUCCUUUUGCUGCUGCUCCUGUCAAUCCAGCUACAAUACAACAACAUUAUCAAAUGGAAUUACAACAACAGAAGGUUCAACAGCAGCAACAACAGCAACAGCAACAACAAAUUAUGCUCUCUCCUUUAUUAAAUACCAAGACUCAGCCUCCUGUGAACGCUGUUUCAACUACCAAUUCUACACCGGCUUCACCAUUUUUGGGUGGACCACCUAUAGCCGCUCCAGCUGUUGUUUCCUCUGCAUAUAAUAACUCUACUCCAUGGGCGACUGCAUAUUCACCACCGCAACAAUUCAAUAGAUCUUCAACUCUACGCAAUACACUCCCAGUUAAUUCUCAUUUCAUGAAUACAGGAAUUGUUAUUUCACAAUCGAAUUUUAGUAAUCCUGUGAGUAGUGUAAUAAAACCAGUCUCGCCUAUUUCUUCUUCAACUUCUUCAACAAAUCCAUGGUCAUCAUUUAGUGGAAUGAUCAAUGAUACAAAUAAUAAUAUUGAUAAUGAUAAUACAUGGCUAACAUCAUCAUCAUCAACAGUAGCAGCAGCAUCAUCAACAUUAACACCGGGUCUUCUACCUCCUGAACCAGAUUGUCUUUCUGAUCCAUUCGACUUGGGUUGGCUGGAUAGAGCAACAGCUAGUGUUGUAUCAUCAUCAACUGAUAAAACUGUAUCUAAUAAUAAUAAUAAUAAUAAUAAUAAUAAUAAUAAUAAUAAUAAUCCCUUUCUUAUAACUAAUCGAAAUGGUGUACUACCACUCAAUCAAGAGACAUUUGUGCAUAAUCAAACUACAUAA